AUGAACCGUUUGUGAAUUCCUCCUUUAAUGACAACCGUCGACGUUGUAAACUCUACCUAUGUAGCAUAUAAUGGUUUAUAAUAGUCUCAUUUUAAACUAAUAAUCAUUUAAAUAUCUAUUUCUAACAGUUAGCCAUGUAGCUUUAGCUUGAAUCUAAUAGUCUCCCUAUGUAUUCACCACCCAGUCUGUAGAGACUCUUCGGAUACGUAAUCGUGUUAGCUUUUCUCACAGAUUUCCAGGAUGUCGGUACGUUAUUAGCGGAUAUUGUAGCUUUGUUUGCCCGGAAAUGUAAUCUACCGCCCUAUAUUUGUUUCUGAGCAGGUUGGACUGGAACUGAACGUCCAAAGAAACCAAAGUCCAGGGUUCGAGUUACAGUCUGAUCAAGUCCCACCAUCUGCACAGGCUCAAAACAGAGCCGGUGGGAGCUGACCAUGGAGGACCCGGGAUUCUUCUGAGAAACACUCGAUACAUCUAAUUAGGGUUUUCUUUUUGUAAACUCAUCUGAUGUUUACAAUGAUGGGCAGUCGGAGAAACGGCUUAACGAAGGAAAGCUUUAUCCUGUCGGUGGACGUCGGUACAACGUCAAUCAGAUGUCAUGUAUACGACAAGGAGGCGAGGAUCCGAGGAUCAUGCACAAGCAAGGUUGUCCCGUUGUAUCCAGAGGUGGGACAUGUGGAGAUGGACCCAGAUGCAUUGUGGGAAGGCUUUAUCACUGUGGUCAAAGGAGCAGUGCAAGAUGCAGGAGUCCAGAUGUGCCAGAUGGAGGCCCUCGGCAUCUCCACUCAGAGAGCAACCUUCACCACCUGGGACAGGAGGACAGGGGUUCCUUUUCACAACUUCAUCAGCUGGCAGGACCAGAGAGCUGCAGACCUGGUGAAGUCUUGGAACAGGUCCUGCAUCAUGAAGAUAAUCCACGGUGCAAUGAAGGUAGCCUACUUCCUGACGCGGGACAAGCGGUCACUCGCAGCGAGCCUCAUCGUCUUUUCCACUCAGCACGUCACCUUUCGCCUCAUAUGGGUCUUGGCCCACUACAAGCAGGUCCAUCAAGCGAUCGAAGAAGGCAACUGCUGCUUUGGAACCAUAGACACCUGGCUCCUGUUCAAACUCACCAAAGGUCGUGUCCACGCCACAGACUACUCCAACGCCAGUUCAACGGGGAUUUUUGACUCCUACCAGAUGUGCUGGAGUCAGUUUCUCUGCUCUCUCGUCUCUCUGCCCCUCUCAAUAUUCCCCCAAGUAGAAAAUACAGGCCAUAAGUUCGGCUCCACAGAUCCGUCCAUCCUCGGAGUGUCCGUUCCCAUCAUGUCAGUGAUGGCGGACCAGCAGGCGGCCAUGUUUGGAGAGUGCUGCUUCGAUGUGGGCGACGUGAAAAUCACGAUGGGAACCGGCACCUUCAUGGACAUCAACACUGGGAGCAAACCACACACGUCUGUGGCAGGUCUGUAUCCGCUGGUGGGGUGGAAGAUCGGCUCAGACGUCGUUUACCUGGCAGAGGGCAAUGCAGCAGACACGGGCACUGCCAUCAAAUGGGCCCAAGAACUUGAACUUUUCUCAGACGUCAGAGAGACCAGCGACAUGGCUUACAGUGUCAGCGACUCGGAUGGAGUAUGCUUCGUCCCUUCCUUCAGCGGCCUGCAGGCUCCUCUGAAUGACCCCAGAGCGUGUGCUUCCCUGAUGGGCCUCAAACCUUCCACGACUAAAAGCCAUUUGGUCCGAGCCAUUCUGGAGUCGGUCGCCUUCAGAAACAAGCAGCUGUAUGAGACGAUGCUCAGAGAGACCCGCAUCCCCAUCACAAAGAUCAGGGUGGACGGAGGCGUUUCCUCCAACAACUUUGUCCUGCAGCUGACUGCAGACCUGUUCGGCAGAAAGGUGAUCCGGCCCCAACACCGGGAGAUGUCGUCCCUGGGGGCCGCUUUUGUUGCCGGACUCGGAGUGGGUUUCUGGAUGACCCGUGAAGAGCUGAAGAAGCUGCAGAGCGCUGAUAAGGUGUUCCUGCCUAAAGGUGCUGCCGGCCCCGGUCAGGAAUACAACCCCGUCCUCCAGAGCUGGGAGAGAGCCCUGAGGCGCUCCAUGAACUGGUACAAGCCCUGACUGUGGGACGCACCAACCAGCUGCUGAGUAUGCGUGAAACACAGAGCUAACCGCCAUCAUCUGUGUCUUCAAAUGAAUAUAACUGUUUAUCUGUGUGAAUCAUGGUCCACGUAAUUUAAAGACACGGUACUUAAAACUGCAGCAGGUGGAGACCUGGUGGAAGGUGUACAAUGGACCACAAGUUACUUGAAAAUGAAAAUCUUCUGAGCUUUCCAGGGAAGUCAGAACUGAUCUAAGGCCCUGUUCAGUCCAGGCACUAACAACCAAACCAGGGGAUCAGAUCAUGAAGUUAAGCAUGAACCUCAGCUAUUAGCUUAACUCUCCUAGUACAGACCAGAAUCUUUUGGCUUUUCAUUUAGAGCUUUGACUUGCUGAAAGCAGCCUUAGCAAAUUCCAGUUUCUCUUUGUGAACUAAAAAAAAAAAGAAGUUAACCGAAUAGUGCUUUUCUCUCAUUUCUUUAUCAUUAGCAAUCAGAUAUUGAUUAUAUCAACACUGUGUGUGAGGGCUGCUGUAAAACAGGGUUUUAGUCAUUUAAAGCAAAGACAUUCUUGAAGUCAAUGUUUUAAACCAUCUUGAAUCUGUGUUUAACAUCUCAUUGGAAAGGAAAGUAGCUAACUUUGAAUCUUCUGUCCUCAGUAACCGAGGACUAUUGUUAGACCCGGAAACAUUUAAAUAUGUGAAUGGAUGCAGACCAGAUGUUUGAAUUUCUGACCAUCAAACUAUAAAAAUCAUCAGAUUCUGGUCGCCUGCUGAUUUCUCGGUACAUCUUCAAUCUUAUCUGCAUUGUAGUCUGAACACAAACACUUAGCUAAUGGUCCACUCCUGACUUGGGAUAUUAGCUCCUCAUUAGGUUCUUUUGGUUUUAAGAAAACUCUAAUGAAACUAAAUUAAUGAGUAAUCUAUGUAUCUAGCUGGAGGUAGAUUUUUAGGCGAAAAAAUUCUACUGUAAGACGAAUACAGUACAAGCAGCAGGUUGCUGAGAUCUGUUUUGGUUCAUCAUAAUGAGACAUAUUUCAGUAAGAGUCAAAUGGUCCAAACGUAUACAAGAUCAAAAAUAAGUAUAAAAUAAGCUGAAAUAAGCCUUCAGGAGAUAAUAUAUACAUAUUUUCAUUUAUAUCAAGUCAAAGAUAACUGCGUUUAUAUAGAAUAUCUAAACCACAGUUGGCUAAAGUACUUUAUAUACAAAAUGACUGGCAAUGAAACAACUAAAAUUUCAUUGUCACAACAAACACAUUGAUAUCAAAUAAUUAUGUUUUAAGCAGAAAGUUUGUCAGCUGUUUCUCCAGAUUGAAGCACUUUUCUGACAGUUUAUUUUAUAAUUCAUAUAAAUAUUUAGAUCUGAGAAAAAAAUGCUAUGUAAUCAUUUAAUUGCAUUGGUGCAAAACAGUGGUUAGAGUUGACAAAAACUUCAGUCCUGCACAGAGUCUUGAUGAUCAAGGUAUAAACCAAUAGAUACAGGUUGUUAUUUUUGUGAGGUGAGUGUAAAAAAAACCCCACAUAAACCUCCAAUGUGUUCAUGAUUAUUUUAUAGUUCACGUUUUUAGGGAUUUCAUAGAAACAUGAGACCAGCUGAUGUUCCGAUUGUCGCCAUGGAUUCUGUACAGAUUUCUUGUGUUCUGACUUUUCUUUGCCACACUUUCAUGAUCUAGAGAUUAUCAACAAAUUCUAUUUUCAAAGAUAAUUUGAGUAAAUAAGAAAUACAGCUUUAAAAUGAGAAUUUCAUUUAUUCUCCUUAGAAAUUUUCUGUCAGAGUGCAGAGUUCAUGGAAAUUUCCUUUUUUUUUAUCAUUAUUAUUAUUUAUAUUAGCAAAAACAGAAGAAUUUUUUAUUUUUUUAAUAGCAAACUGGAAACUGAGAUCAGAUCAUUUAGGAAGCGUUUUUAAGUGAAUCUUACUGCCAAGUCUGAACCGGGACCAUAAAGAACCAUCAGCAUGAAGAAGUUCCUGCUCCACUAUUUCUUCUCAACAGUGCCAUUUAUUCAGAAGAUGACUUUAUUCAUUCUAGUCUAAAUUGGAUUUCACUUCUCAGUCUCUUUGUCUCAUUAAUGAAAUAACAAAACCCGAUGCUAUGACGCCAACGACUGGCUUAUCAGCUUUUAAUUCAUGAGUGCUCCAUAGCAACAACUGAGUGCCAAAUGUUUAAUCCUGGGACACGAGCCAGAAUCCAUUCAGAUUCAAGCACAAACUUCAGUUCAUUUUGGAUUAAAAGAAAACUGACCUGACUUCUUGAUGUUUCAGAACCAGUUUUUUUUUUCUUAUGAAGCUGCAUUUUGGUGAUUUAACAUGAAAUGUUUGCAUAGUCAUUUUAAAAAGAUGAGGACCUGAUUUAAAAAAAAUACUUGUUUCCUUUGGGAAAUUUGGAGCAACUUCAUUUUAAACCCUUCGUGAAUCUUUGUAUAUAAUGUUAUAAUUAUAAUGGUGUUAAAUCCUGACUCACUGUUAAAAUGUGAUUAUUCCUCUGAACCUGUAAAAGCCACUGUACUCAGUAUUUAAGCGCGUUUGUACGACAUAAUGAUUUAUAAAGACGGGAUCAGGGAUAGAAGAAAUGAUUGAACUGGCAGAAAAAAGAAACAUUCCAAUACUUUUCUGCUUAUUAUUGUAGAUUUUUUUUUUCCAUGUUGAUGUCAUAUGAUCAGUGUGAACUCUGAUGACAUUCUUCUGACAUGAUUGUUCUGUAACUGAGAACUCUAAACCUCUUUCUUCACCUCUGACCUGCUGGGUGGUGUUUGGAUUUUACAUAAUUUUCUGAAAUAUGUCUAGUAAACAGUAUUCAUGUCUCUCAAACUUUUUUGGUGUUACAACCUCAAACUUUUCUAAACUUUUAGUAGCCUUUUAUGCAAUUGCCCAACACAAUCCAAUGAAGAUGAAGGGUUGAUGCAUUGUUUUUAACACAUGUCACAAAUAAAUCUGAAAAGUAUGGUGUUGGGAAUCAAAA